AUGGGAAACAACUCCAUUAAUAAACAAAAUACAGAAAAUCAAUAAAAACAACCCGAUAUUCAAUUGCCAGUGAGUAAAAUUAAUUAUUGUUAAUUUGAUGAAGUUUAAUAAAUACAAGUUUGUUAAGCUCUGUCUUUUAAUAAAUAAGGAACACUUUUGGCAACAACAAUUAAAUCAGAUAUUAAGAUAUGGAUAGUAGAUUAAGGAAAAUUAAUUGAUUAGAAUAUUAUUUUGAAAGGACAUACAUAAUUAAUAAGAUGUUUAGUGUUUAGUCGUAAAUUAAAUUGGUUGAUUUCUGGUGCUGAUGAUUAAGAAAUUCGUUGUUGGAAAGAAAAUGAAUUAGGCUAUGGCAUUAAAAGUUGGAAAAGUUCAAAUCCAUUUAAAAUUCACAAAAAUUAUAGAUAACUUAAUUUUAAAUUAAAAUGA